AUGGGUGUUUUUAGUACAGGAUUACGUUAUGUUUUCAAAGAUUUUUCAUGUUGGACAUCGACACAUGGUGUUCCACACAUUGGCAUGGCUAAUGCCAUCUGGUUAAGAACAUUUUGGAUUUUAGUUGUUUUAUGUUGUGUCGGUGGAUUCAUCUGGCAGUUACAAGCAUUAUUACACAAGUAUUUUGCCUAUUUGGUCAACACUGAAACAAAGCUACAAUUCUCUGAACGAGUGUUUCCCACGGUUACCAUAUGUCAUCUGAAUCCAUGGAAGCUUGAUGAAGCUCGCAAUAUGGACGCCAUGAGAGAUCUAAUAGACAAGUAUGAAGACAAAACAGCUGAUGCAGACUAUGGCUUUGAGACUGGCUUAAAAGGAGAGCGUCAGCGAACAGCAACCAAAUGGACAUCUAUCUUUGGCGAACGUUUAUUCGAACUUGAUCCCUCUCCCGGUUAUGCAUAUGAGGAUUUGAUUGUGAGUUGCACAUAUGAUGCCAAAACGUGUAAUUAUUCAACGUUCGAGCCUAUACGUGACUCCACUUACGGCAUUUGUCAUAAAUUCAAUUUUAAUGGCUUCUAUGUAUCAUCAAGAGCUGGGCCCUUAUAUGGGUUACGUCUAGUCCUUAAAGUUGAUCAAAGUCAGUAUUUGCCUUGGACAGAAGCUUCAGGUGUCGUCAUAAACAUUCAUGCACAGGAUGAAGUGCCGUAUCCGGAUGUUUUGGGCUAUUUUGCUCCACCAGGAACAGCUUCAUCAAUGGGAGUUCGAUUUUUGACAACAACCCGUUGUCCUCAUCCAUAUGGAACAUGCACAACCCAAUCUCAUUUACAAUCUGAUCAUUUUGAUGGAAAUUAUGCAGUUGAAGCUUGUUUCCGAUCAUGUUUACAAGCAAAAAUAGUGGCAGAAUGCGGAUGUUAUGAUCCAUCCUAUCCUCAUGCUGAUGGCAUUUCAAGCUGCUCUGUUGAUGAUACAACGUUAAUGGCUGCUAAUAUGGAUUGUAUUGAAGGAGUUACUGGUACAACGUCAUCCUUUAAUGUCAUCCGCGACUGUUCAUGUCCUCAGCCAUGCGAAGUUGAAACUUACAGCGUCACCGUCUCAACAGCUAAAUGGCCAUCCAAUGCUUAUACACCAAAUGAGUGUAAUGAGAAAAACAAUACGAAAUGGUUGACAAAGAAGCAAUGCGUUGAAUGGUAUAGGGAGAAUACUUUGCUAGUUGAAAUUUACUAUGAACGAAUGAACUAUCAAGUGCUAUCCGAAUCACCAGCCUACUCGCUUGUCAACUUAGUAUCAGAUAUUGGUGGUCAAGUUGGAUUAUUCUUAGGAAUGUCUAUUAUCUCACUGAUUGAAUUUGCUUUUCUCAUCAUCCUUGUUUGUACUUAUUGUGCAACUCAUAAAAAGCGUCGCGUACAAAUGGAAGAUCUGGAUAACGCUCGUCAGAAAGCUAAAAAUGAAGCAGAUGAAGUUGCAAAUAAAAGAGAACAAGAGCAAAGUAAAAGAGAAAAACAGCGGGAUGUUUCAAGCCUUUACGACAACGAUGGUUUCGAUCCAGCUCCUCCAAAGAUCACGAACGCUGAUUGA